CGGGCCCUUGACUCGCGUGUGCGCCAGAGCGCAUGCUUAGUCCCUGGGUCACGUGAUGCCUGGCAUGGCCGCCUCCGUGGCUUGGGGAGGCGUGAAUGCUGGGUUUCUGUUGCGGGCGGCCAGGGGUGCCUGGUGGAGCCGACCCGGGGGCUUUUGGGGGUCCGGGGAGGCGGCGGCGCCAGCGAUAGCCAGAAAGUUCCGCGCGACAGGCUCGCGCCCGGCGGGGGAGGAAGAAGCCGGCGGCCCCGAGAGGCCUGGGGACGUGGUGAACGUGGUGUUUGUAGACCGGUCAGGCCAACGGAUUCCGGUGAGCGGCAGAGUCGGGGACAGUGUUCUCCACCUGGCCCAGCGCCAUGGGGUGGACCUGGAAGGGGCCUGCGAAGCCUCCCUGGCGUGCUCCACCUGCCACGUGUAUGUGAGCGAGGACCAUCUGGACCUUCUGCCGCCUCCUGACGAGAGGGAGGACGACAUGCUGGAUAUGGCCCCCCUCCUCCAAGAGAACUCCCGGCUGGGCUGCCAGAUCGUACUGACGCCUGAGCUGGAAGGGGCUGAAUUCACCCUGCCCAAGAUCACCAGGAACUUCUACGUGGACGGCCACGUUCCCAAGCCCCACUGACGCGGGCAGCUGGAAGGUCCCAGACACUCACGGCCCCAGGGCCAGGACUGGAGGAAUAGCCAAGUUGCCAGCCACGCCCAGAGCACGGGACGGGACGGGCCCGAGAGAGAUGGCGGAAGCAACCGGAAGACCAAAACGCCUGCUUCAGAGAGAUCCCACAUCCAGGCUCUGGUGGGGACAGGGUCCCUGCGGGGGCAGCCUUCCCCAAACCCCUGACAACGGGGGUGUGGAUAGAAGUGGAAUCUAAUUGGAGCGAUAAUAAAACUGUCUCGCAGA